CUCUUUCGCGAUUCCGUGCUGCCUUUGCUGGUAGGUUUGCAAGUCAUCAUCGGUCAUCAAACACAACCCGAUUUGUGAGUAAAGUAUAUAUAAGUGGCUUCUGUUGAGCUCAUCUUCAUCAUGUUCAUGUCCGUUUAAACUGCGUUCUACACUUACGGAUAAGCGAGGAAUACUAUAAAAAGUAAUGGAGUUGAGAGGUGCUCUCUGUUUCUUCCUUAUCGUGUUUCUUGAUGCUUCCAUGUCCGUACAUGGGCGCUUGCUGCCCGAAAAGAAACCUGAUCCAGCUGAUGCUGCUGCCACCGCUCGAUGGCUGGUUUCCCAGAACUCCUGGGCUAUCUUAAGUACCAUCUCAAGUGAAUUGGGAGGGGCUCCCUUUGGGAAUGUGGUUUCAUUUAGUGAUGGAUUGCCUGAUGAAGGAUGUGGCAUUCCAUAUUUCUAUUUGACAACUCUUGAUCCUACUGCCAGAAAUGCAUUGAAGGAUGAUAGGUCUUCAUUCACAGUCAGCGAGUACCCGAUUGGAUCUUGUGGAAAGAUAGAUCCUGAGAACCCCACUUGUGCAAAACUUACGCUUACAGGAAAGUUGAAACUGGUCGACACAAACCCCAAAGAAGCAGAAUUUGCUAAACAGGCAUUGUUUUCAAAGCAUGCAGAGAUGAAGGAUUGGCCCAAGGAUCACAAUUUCCAAUUCUUCAAAUUAGAAAUUGAAGAUAUAUUUUUGAUUGAUUGGUUUGGUGGUCCUAAACCUCUCACUUUGGAUCAGUACCUGCAUCCUGGAAUGAAUCAACUUGCUUCCGCCCUGUGAAUAUUCCUCCUUUGCUCAAUUCCCCAUGUCGUGUUGGCUCUGACUGUUAUACCAUUCAUGUUAUUAUGUUUAGUAUUCGCCCUGGUGUGUUUGGGAUAAACAUGUUCAUCGUGUAUAUUUUGUGAUCCUCCGUUAUAUUGUUAGCAUAAAAUCACAGGGAACAAUGAAACUGUCAGUAUAAGUUCUGAUCUAUAAGGGCCUUUUUUGUAUUUUUUUUCUUUCUGAAAAUGCACAUUAAGAUGUAAAAGAAUUGUGUAAAUAAAUUGAUGGUACAGAAUGUUUCAAAGAUUUUCUAUGUU